AUGGGUCGAGUGAAGCUAAAGAUAAAGAAACUAGAGAACCUUACUGCACGUCAAGUUACGUAUGCGAAAAGAAAACAUGGGAUCAUAAAAAAGGCUAAAGAGUUAUCGAUUUUAUGCGAUGUAGAUGUUGUGCUUCUCAUGUUCUCUCCUGUGGGAAAGGCUUCACUGUGCUGCGGGAAACACAGUAUUGGAGAAGUCAUUGCCAAGUUUGCUCAACUCACUCCUCAAGAAAGGGCAAAGAGGAAGUUGGAAACUCUUGAAGCCUUGAAGAAAACAUUUAUAAAGCUUGACCACGAUGUAAAUAUAGCAGAGUUUCUGGACAGAAUCGCAACCGGGAACUUUCAGGUUCUUAGAGAAAAAGUCAGGUUUCUGCAAACACACUUAUCAGAAUUACACACACGACUAAGCUAUUGGACCGAGCUAGAGAAGAUUGACAACGUAGAUGAUUUACAGCAACUAGAAAAUUCACUAAGAAAAUCUUUGUAUCAAAUCCGUGCUCAUAAGGUUAACAUGCUGCAAGUGCAACACCAGCAGGAUCAAUUUAUGUCCUCGGAAUGCAAAAAUCAGUUGCAGAACGAUAUAGAUCUAGAUUUUGGAAUGGAGAUGGAACAACAACUUGAGAGUUUCUCAUGGGUUCGUAACGAUGAAAACAUGAAUGUUCCUGUAAAAGAAAAAGACCCAAAUCCACAGUUUCAUCACACGUACAAUGACCUAACUUGCUCCGCAAGUUCAUCUCUUGAAAGUUACUCAGGACUCUUUGGUAAAAGCUCAGAUACCAGCAGACCAAAACUAGAAACCGGCGGCAUUCCCGGGACAUCUGCUGAUCCAAACCUGCAAUUCAGCAAUCUCAGCUUCCUAGAUGAUUCAAAGCUUCAGCAACUAGCUGAGUGGAAUCUUUUAGGAACUCCAGCGGAUUACUACGUUAGCCAGAUCUUGGAAGCAUCUUAUAGGCCUCAGUUUGGAGGAAACUGGGCUUCUUCUGAGACGUUAACAACUUAUCCUGUUUCUGUCUUUGAUGAGCCUCUGUUCUCACGGCAGCCAAACUUAUAAGUAUCUCCGGCAUAAAAACGAAGUGUUGAUCCGAAAACGCGUCUUGAAAGAAGCUAAGUUGAUACGUUACAGGGACACAUACUAAAAGAUAC